CGUUAGCAGUGCAGAGGUUAAAGCCUCUGAGGUAAAGCAAUACUAUUUAUACUCAUCAGCAACGUACUCUACAUAUUUGAAAGUCUGAUUUCAGUCCUUUAAAGGCUGUCUCAGAAGAGUGGCAACAGAAAUUUGGAGAAGCUCAAGUUUUCUCUCAUUACUGUGAAGCAGAGGACAUUUCUGAAGCUAAACAGCAUUACUGCAGAAUAAAUAUGCUAAGCAUUGCGGGAAGCCAGAUGAAGUCUUAAAUGAAAACAUUCACGUUAAUGUUUAAACCCUUUCACUUACACAAGAUCUCCACACAAGCGACAGAAUGAAGAAUGCUGUCUGAAUUCUGCUGAAGGACAAUGGGACUCUAGUUAAUUUUAUUAUGCUGCCGUCUCCUGGCUAAUUUUGUACAAGACUGAAGCACACUGCUGACAGAAUAUAGAAGCAAAAAAAAUGGAUGAACCCUCCACCUAACAUCCAACUCCACUUUCUGGAAUGCUAAGUGGAAAAGAGGCAUUCUUCCAGCAUGAAAUCCAGUGCAUACCAGUAAGGACAAUAAUCUGAACACUUAAUUAAACUAUGAUGAGAAGACGGUAUCUGGAAAAUAAAAGAUGAACCCACUUGACGCAACAAAAUCAGGAUUUUUAGUGUGCGUUGCUGUCUGUAUGUUCAUCUACACUUUUAUCUACCUAAAGGAUACACUUUCUGAAGAGCCAAAUGAACAAAAAUUUAAUGCAAAUAUAGCAGAGUGUGGUUUUUACCCGGAUGAACUUUGUUCGGCUCUUUUUGUGGGGAAAACGGCUGCCUUUAAAAUUGGAAACUUUUGCCAGAAUAUCUACCAACCUAAACCACUCAACUGCAUUCAGACUUCGUGCAACUGCUCCAUGGUUUUGAAGACUCUGCAUUUUAUCACAAGACCACUGUCAGAUGAAGAGGGAAAUUUCUCAUUGGCAUACAUUAUCACAAUUCACAAGGAGCUGGAAAUGUUUGUAAAGCUGCUAAGAGCUAUUUAUAUGCCUCAGAAUAUUUACUGCAUACAUGUUGAUGAAAAGUCACCAAAAUAUUAUAAAGCUGCUGUACAAAACAUCGUUAAUUGCUUUGAAAAUAUUUUUAUUUCCUCAAAAAGAGAAAAUGUUGUUUAUGCAGGAUUUUCAAGAUUACAAGCUGAUAUUAAUUGCAUGAGAGAUCUAGUUCAUUCCAAAAUUCAGUGGAAUUAUGUUAUUAAUCUAUGUGGUCAAGAUUAUCCCAUUAAGACAAACAAAGACAUUAUACAAUACAUCAAAAGUAAAUGGAAUGGUAAAAAUAUGACUCCCGGGGUAGUCCAACCACUUCAUAUGAAACACAGGACGCAGGUUAGUUACAGAGAAUAUGUACAUUCUGGAAUGUCAUACGUGUAUCCGACAAAGAAUAUAAAAGUUAAACCUCCGUAUAAUUUGACAAUAUAUUUUGGUAGUGCCUAUUACAUACUGACUAAAGAAUUUGUAGAGUUUACAUUGACUGAUGCACGUGCAAAAGAUUUGCUUGAAUGGUCAAGAGACACGUACAGUCCGGAUGAACACUACUGGGUCACACUGAACCGUUUAAAUGAUGCUCCAGGGGCUACACCCAACGCAGACUGGGAAGGAAACAUUCGAGCCAUUAAAUGGAAGGAUCAAGAAGGAACCCUACACAAGGGCUGCAAAGGUCAUUACAUCAGAGAUAUUUGUGUCUACGGACUAGGGGAUUUGCAGUGGAUUAUUGAGUCACCUCAUUUGUUUGCCAACAAAUUCGAGCCUGCAACAUAUCCACUUGUUAUGGACUGCCUAGAGAGACGCUACAGGCUUAAAGUCCUGCACCAGGCAGAAGUCCCGAUUGAUGAUCACUGGCGUUUGCAGCAAGAGAACUACUUCAACAUGAAGCUGAACGUUUAAUGAACACCUAAACAAGUGUUCAAAACACUGACAGAAACCAUUAACAUUUUUAGCCAUAGACUUCACUCUGUGCAGUACAGCAUGAGGGUGAGCACAAUGCUGUACUACCCGUCUGCCACUGAAACAACCAGGUUUUACUUAUUACAGUAAGAUAAAGUGCAACAACUGCUAAUGGGUUAAUUCUUAAAGAAAAUGGCAUGUCUAAUUCUAUAAUUUACUGAAGACAAGGGGGAAGUUCAUAAUCUUAUUUAACUGGAAAAAUACAUAUUCCUCAUGUCUGCAGCCAAAAAAAGGCCUAACUGAUAUGAAAAUAAUAAAAUGGAAGCAGUGACUGAACAAAGACAAAAUAUGAAGAGCACAAGUUAGUCAUGUCUUCUGUAUGUCUUAUCAAAUAGAAUAUUUUGAAUAAUGAAGUUAUGCUAAAAUUUCAGAGCUUAUAGAUAAGCAAGUGACAACCAGUUUCAGACACAGUCCAUUUCACUGUGGGUUUUUUUUUUUCCCCCCAUGGCCAGCUGCAUCCCUAAUUUCAUUGUGUAGCAUGGCAACAUCACUCUUGCACUGCUCAGGCUCUGUUCCUAAUGAAAAGGGUGUGUGUGCCAGGAACAGAGCGAGGGUCCUGCAACGCAUGUUUACCUUUAAGUCCCUGUUUCUGAGUUUCUGCAGGAGACAUGGGACAUUUGAGGCCAGGGAACAAAGGAAAACUGAGUGAAGAGCCAUCUUCUAAUCCCAGCGUACCUGCCAGAGGGAAACAAAACUUCCCUGAACCUUGUAGCAGUCUGCAGCAAUUGGAGGUAACACCUAGCAGAACCAGGAGAAGCAUCUCAUUUCCUAAACCCGCUGCAGACAAAAUGCAGCACUCGCUGGUCUACAGCAAGGAAGCAGCUUUCAACACACAACACUGGUAAAACCGGGGAACAGGAAUAAAAAAAGAACAAGGAUCCGGCCCUUUUCCAGGCAAGAGUUGCUCUUUCUCCUUCAGGACUCCUUGUUUGCUUGUGCAACCAAAAAUACUGGGGGAAUAUGAAGGAAUAGAGAGGAUACAGUGGUGGUCUUUCAUACAAGAUUGCAACUCUUCCAUGGGAUUAAACCUCCACACCCUGUCUCCAAAGGUCUUUAGUUAGGUGCUACUGAUGCAAAGGAACAAGCAGAAACCCGAAUUGUGAGAAGUCACUUCAAACUGUUCAUUCUCCUCUAGAAGCAUUUUGGCAAGAAUGCAGAUAAAAGUUUCAUUCCAGUCAAUCCAAAUAAACUCCCAAUUUAUUUGCAUGAACGCUGAUGGGAACUAAUAAAAUACACCCUGUUACUUAUAAACUCACAAAUUAUAAAUAAAUGUCUAGGAGCAAUUUAGAUGUAAACUUCAAGAUGCACCCAAAAUAUCACUCAGUUUUCCUAUAAAAACUGACUUACAGAUUAAGCAUUUUUCCAAAAAAAUCAAAUGAAUCAACAAAUGACCCAACAAUAGAACAUGAAAGUUUCUCAUUACAAACUUAUUCCCAGGUUCCUGGAACUGUACUGCUCAUUUUCCCACACAAGUUUCUUGGAAACAUAACUUCUUUCAAAUGAACUUUAACCUAAAGAAAGACCAUCUGGCCCCUAUUUAUUUACAGAAACUUCCAAACUCAACCCAAAGGUCUGUACUCAGUUUCAUGUAUAAUCCAGGACUUAUCUUGUGGCUAAAUAUUGCUGGAGAUGCUUUGUUAUGGAGGGAAAUAAAGGGGGGUGGGGGAAAGCCAUGCAGCUUGUUCACACUGAGCUUGUUGACAGUCCCUCUGAAAACCAUUACCGAAGCUAAUGGGUCUCUGGCAUGUAUUAAUCAUAGCAAUAUUCAUAAGUAAUUUCUCUCCAAACCACACCCAAUCCACUGUAGGGCACUGCCAGCAUUUAUCCACCCCAUGUUGUCUUUUAAAACGUGAACGGAACAUUUCUUGUUACCGUCAUUGAAGCAAACCUGGUAUCUUAGCUUUCACCUUCCAUCACCGUCACACAGAACAAUUGUUGUGUGUCACUUAUGAAUUGAAUUAAAAGGAUAAAUUCAAUAGUAAGGCGCUAUACAACAUUGGCUUGUUUUGCAGAAAAAGAACCAGUCAAAUCAGGAAAAAGAAAUCUGCACAAAACCCCCUCUUAAAAUAUAAUUUAGGUGUGACUUUACCCAUGUCAAUCCAGGAAAAGCAUUGGAGCAUGAUCCUCCUUCCUUAAAGGAUUUUCUAUUUUAAACAAAAUUUUACAUCCAUAAAACCCCCAGGAAAAUCAUAAUUAAACCACCCCAUUCUCAAUCACUAAGAAACAGUAUUCUGCUCAUUAUUCUGAGUUACCAUAACCACAUUAGAUUCUUGAAAGAUUUUUUACUUCUAACAACAGUAAAAAUUAAGUAACAAAACCGUGAAAGCUGAGAGCAUUUAAACAUACAUAAAAAGUGUUGAUUAAGUUCUGCAUGCAUUAUCACGUUAUGAGUAGAUCAAUCACAACUUUUCGAUCUCGGCAACCAACAUUUACUAACUCUUGGUGACUGCUGAUCUAAGAGCAUACAGUGUCAAUGUGACCUUGUUCAGGGGGACGCUAUGCUCUAACAUACUGCACUCACAUUAACUCUCUAUCUGAAAGAUGCAUGCAUCAUUUCUGUUUCAAAAAGUCUCAGGCACAUGUUCAAUAGCUCUAUAUCUAAGUUAAACAUUUGAUUAAGUGUUUUAUAUGGCACAGACUUUAAUAGUUAGGGUACUAUUUCAAAUGUGUCUUAAGAGUCUGUUGACUCUGAAAACAAUUCCAAAGUAAAUUUUGCAUUGAUACAAGAAAUUACGUUUUAAAAUGUAAUCUUGUCCUUCACUUCCUGACUGAUACCUGAACUCCCAAGAGGACUUCCACCACAGAUUCAAUGACCACUAACCUUUCUCCAAACUACCUCUAGCAUACUAUUACACCAAUAGUAACUUCUUAGACAGGAGAGUCAACAUCAAAUAUUGGUAAUGGUACCUUUUUAACCCCCUCAAAAGUGAGGUCAAAUAGAUGCUAUACACUGCUAUGUAAUUAUUUUACUCCAUCAUUUCUAAAAGCAUAAUCUUUGUCAAAUAGCAGACUUCCAAACAAGCAGGCACCAAAGAUUGCCCAUGCAAGAAUCAGGAAGCCAGUUAGAACAGAAGUUCCAAAACAUCUGAUCACUUGGGCCCUGCUAAAAUCUACAGAUUAGCGCUAACUCACAACCUGCAAGAUCCUAUCAAAUACAAAAAGAGUGAGUAGCAACAGUCUUGCUUGGUCUAUUACUUUUUAAUUCUGCAACAGACUACUAAAACAACAACAAGUGAGAACAUCCUAUUCAAAGGUGCAAUUUUUAAACUGAUGAUUUCCAUGUCACAUAACUCUUCCUGAGAAACAGGAAGCAGCAGAAACCUCCUGAUCCUCAGGGCUUCUGCUACGGAAUACACAUCACCAAACUCUGUUAUCUGGAAGCAAAGUUAUUUCUCUUCCCGCUGAUUCAAAGUCCUUUCCUGCGCAUUUUAACAUGUGACUUAGUACUGAUAAAUUUUCUCUUCUUACUGUACAAAACCUCAAAAAUAUGGCUCAAACAAAAUACACUUCUGUGUAAAAAGGGAGUAUAAGUUUUAUUUGUAUUCAUAAGUCACUCUUUUAGUCAAAGCUCUUUUUCAACCUUUUUCAGUCUAAAUAGCUAGAAGCUUCAAAACUUGUCCCAAGCACUUCAUCUAAAAAGCUCGUGCUCCAACAUAAACCACCACUAAGAAAUUCUCAUUGCUCUUUCAAAAAUCUUUGGCCAGGAGGGUUUAUAUUUUAGCGAGACAGUUCAAAGCAUUUACCAUUCGGGCAAUAAAAGACAAUCUCUCUCUCUCUCUCUCUCUCUCAACACUGCUACAGUGUCUGACUAUUUGCCUUAAAGUUUUCACAUUUUAAUGUUAUUUUUUAACUUGAAUCCUUCAGUAUACUGCUACUUAAGAUGUGAAGUAAGAAAGAACAGUUUACUUCCAAAGGAGGUAAGUCAGAAGAAGUCCUCACACAUGAAUUACAGUUGCUUUACUAAAAGUCCUCCACCCAUGAGUUUCCUCUUGCAUUCUUGCACCUUUCUCUAGUACCAAUCCAGUCGUCUUAACAAUUCCAGUAAAAGCAGAUCAAUACAUGUAUUUAAUAUCAUCAGCUCUUCACGUAAAGUUUCUAUUGAGGCAAAAUACAUUUUUUUGAAAGAGAACUGAUAGGAAGACUCCUUCAUCCUUCCUGUACCUAGAGUCCAUAAAGCCUUUCAAAUCUAGUACUACAGCAAAUACUGUUGAGAUAAACCAAGGAAUGCUGAAUUCUUCAUCUUGGGGGGUUUUCCAUUUCCUUGAAGUAGACAAAAUCUGCAUAUCACUGGACAAAUGGAUUGCUCUGUUUCUUGUAUGAGCUGCCACAAAAAAAACUGUGAAGAAAACUGAGCAGUGAGACAACUGUCUGUGGGACUUCCCACAAAGUGGUAAGCAUUCCCACGAGCCAAGGCAGAAGCCUGGAAAGGAAGCGACCCUCUGCUCUGAGCACAAGAAAGUAAUUUCCUACAGUUUCAUGAAGCACAACAUUUUGUGAGAUGCAUCUCGUAGCAUGCAAAUAUACAUUCGUUAUCUAGUUCAGAUGAUCUAGUUUAAAGUAUAUGAUCAUGAAGGUGAGGAUUGCAGAACUGUUUUUGGGCUGCUGGAUAUCUGUAUUCUCUGGUGAAUAUUUUCACUGCAUCAUUACAGCAUCUGUUUGACAAAGUCCUUUGGGAAACCGUUGCUGUUUACAAUUUAGCAGACUAUCAAGACUGCUCUGUAGGCUCACAGGCGAAAUUAAUACACAAGAAUAGCUUGUUCUGAAAGAGCUUUCUUGAAUUUCACAGUAGUGGGGAAGAGAACUGCUACACAGCUCCUAGACUGACACUUCUCCAGUUUCCAUCCAUGCUAUAAACCUCACCCCUGGAAUGAAGUGAAAACAUAGAUACUGCUAGCUGAGAGACUGAAUACACAGCGUAAAGAAGCAAACACAGGAUUAUUCUUUUUGAACUACUCUCAUUGUGUCAUUCUCUGAAGUCAUGUACCAAUGCCUCUGCUCACAGGGCUGGGCAUCUGGGCACAUACUGGCAGACAAAAGGUGGCUAGGCCAUAAAAAAAUAAAUAAUGCUGUGGCCCACAUGGAUCCCAUAGGUUGGAUUUCAGUUGAAAAAUCAUAUUGUAAUUCUUAAAAUACAGCAGUUAGCACCAGUAGGAACAUAGGUAUGGCAAUUCACAACAUUCAAACAUUCCGUACUUCAAAAUUUUUUUGUGUUUUAGAAGAGCAUGUAUCAGAAGAGGAUUCAUUUAUUAAUGAAAAAUUUCUAGUCCUAGCAUAUGUACAAUACACAACAUCUUCUUCUUCAUUAGUUCUAGUUCAUUUUACUAUAUGCCCCAUGGCUGCAUAAAGAUAGAAUGUGCUCGGGGAAUGCUGCUAAUUAGCGCUUUGGGUAUAAACAAACUGGUAGCUACCAGAAAGCGUGGCAACCAGUUCCCCAUGAUCCCAUUUAGAAAAGUUCUGGUCCCCUUCCUGAUUCUGAAUACAGAAUGAGAACAUUAUCAGUAUAUAUCCAAAUAUCCACCAAAUCACUCUUCGACCUUAAUAAAAAGAAAUGUGGAUUAAAAUAUUUCUCCCAGCUGAUUACCAUUGUGCACCAAAAUCCAGUAAUGAAAAACUGACAGACUAGAUAUUAUAUCCACUUCAUUACUUCUGGAAGCAUCCUUCUGAAUAUUGUAAAGAAUUCACAUGUAUGUGAAAACAAUUGCAUGCAAAUAUGAGACUAUGAUAAAUACUGAUUAUUAAAAAUAUCCAGAAAACA